GUUGCGCGGCAGCGGCGGCCGCAGCGGCAGUGCGCGCCGCCAUGUCGGGCGGGACGCGCGCUUGUCUGCUCGCAGCCGCGCUCCUCACACUCCUAUACUCAGGAUGGUGUUCAGAAGACGAGGAGCGACUGGUCCGAGACCUGUUUCGUGGUUACAACAAACUCAUCCGCCCAGUACAGAAUAUGACACAGAAAGUGGACGUGCGAUUUGGAUUAGCCUUCGUGCAGCUCAUCAAUGUUAACGAGAAGAAUCAGAUCAUGAAAUCAAACGUUUGGCUCCGACUGGUAUGGAUGGAUUAUCAGCUGAUGUGGGAUGAGGCGGACUACGGCGGCAUAGGCGUAUUGCGGCUGCCACCUGACAAAGUCUGGAAGCCUGACAUUGUACUGUUCAAUAACGCUGACGGAAACUAUGAAGUGCGAUACAAGUCAAACGUUCUAAUUUAUCCGAAUGGAGAAGUGUUGUGGGUACCUCCUGCUAUUUACCAGAGUUCUUGCACCAUUGAUGUCACAUACUUUCCCUUCGAUCAACAAACUUGUAUCAUGAAAUUUGGCUCCUGGACCUUCAAUGGUGACCAAGUGUCUCUCGCGUUGUACAACAACAAAAACUUUGUUGAUUUGUCAGAUUAUUGGAAAUCUGGAACAUGGGAUAUUAUUGAAGUACCAGCUUACCUGAACAUCUACGAAGGAAACCAUCCUACUGAAACAGACAUUACCUUCUACAUCAUCAUAAGAAGGAAGACUUUGUUUUAUACCGUCAACUUAAUUCUGCCAACUGUGUUGAUUUCGUUCCUCUGUGUUUUGGUAUUCUAUUUACCUGCCGAAGCUGGAGAGAAGGUAACAUUGGGUAUCAGUAUUUUGCUGUCACUGGUUGUGUUCUUGUUGCUGGUAUCAAAAAUACUUCCGCCUACUUCGCUUGUGUUGCCACUCAUCGCCAAGUACUUGCUGUUUACAUUCAUCAUGAACACCGUCAGUAUUUUGGUGACUGUCAUUAUUAUCAACUGGAACUUCAGGGGACCAAGGACACACAGAAUGCCGCUUUGGAUCCGAAGUGUAUUCCUACAUUACCUCCCAGCAGCGCUGCUGAUGCGUCGCCCACGCAAAACAAGGCUACGAUGGAUGAUGGAAAUGCCCGGCAUGGGUGCUCCCCCGCACGCUGCCGCCCCACACGAUUUGCCUAAGCACAUCAGUGCAAUUGGUGCAAAACAAAGCAAAAUGGAGGCGAUGGAGAUGUCGGACCUGCACCAUCCGAACUGCAAGAUCAACCGCGCAGCCGGUGGCGGUGAGGUGGGCGCGUUGGGCGGGCUCGGCGCCCUCGGCGGCCUGGGGCUCGGUGGCGAGAGGCGGGAAUCCGAAAGCUCAGACUCCCUACUGCUGUCCCCCGAAGCAGCGAAGGCUACAGAAGCAGUAGAGUUCAUAGCUGAACAUCUACGUAACGAAGACCUUUACAUUCAGACACGUGAAGAUUGGAAGUACGUGGCGAUGGUGAUCGACAGACUACAACUAUACAUAUUCUUCAUCGUGACUACUGCUGGCACGGUCGGCAUUCUGAUGGACGCUCCACACAUUUUUGAAUACGUCGAUCAAGACCGCAUCAUAGAAAUAUAUCGCGGAAAAUAAAUCCAAAUUUAGUAAUAAGAACUAACAGAAUUGCUUCAAAUCGGCUUCCAUUAUUAUUCAUUACCUAUUUGUAUUUUUUUUCGACAGUAGGUCAUGUUUUAUAUAAUGUAGAGAUGUAAGACGUAUUGCUAAUAAGUAGACGAAUAUGACACAUACCACACUUCCAUACUAAAGAUUAAAGUCCUAUCAUUCAGAAAGGGUAAAUACCUAAAUAAUAAUAAAUAACGAAGUAGGGUUGCAGCAAACCUAAUAUCGUGUAGUUACCUACUUAAUAAAUUAAUGUAUUAUUACUUAUCUGGCUUUAGUAUGUAAGUAACUUAAAGAAUAUAACAUGGCUGUGUUCGAGAUUUAUAAAACACAAAAUAUAGUAUUAAGUGGUUUGUAUUUUGUAAUUGUAUGAGGUAAUGUCUAUACAUAGAAAUAUAGAUGAUAGGGUAUUAGUCGUAUUUAUUUUUUCCUUCUUAUCCCAAGAAAUUUACGUACCUUUUCCGUUGCGUACCUUGCACAAGUCAAAAGGGCAUCUAUAAUUAAUUAUAAACUGGGAGUUGCGGGCCACAACGGGUAUACAAUAUUCAUGGAUAGUUUCCAUUUAUUUUGUUCUCCAAAAGAUUUGAUACAACGCUAUCCCGCUUAGCCCCGUACUCUAGGCGACAGUCAACAUAUCGUGUUCCCGUGAACCCAAGUACAAGGGUAGGGAGAAGCACUCCAGUGGCUUUAGCCGGUAGAAUCCUGCAAACCUCGCUCUCUGUCGACAGUCAACAUAAGGCAGCAAAAAUUGUAACAACACGGCAUAAUUAGGAUCGAUCAAUAUGAAAUAAAAGUUCGGUUUAUAAAUAGAGUAACUUUAUUAUUCCACCACAAAAUGCUUAACAAUUUUUGUAACGUAUUAAUCACCAUGUAGGUAGUAGGUACUUAAUUUCUAAAUCUGCUUUAGAUUAUAAUUUAAGUCAAUUGUAUCAAACGCUCUAAAUAAUUGCGAUGCCUCGAAAAGACAACGCACCUUGAAUAAUAUUUUAGUCAAAUGAUAAACUCGACUUUUACAUUACUAACGGCGACUUUAUUAGGUAUCUUGCAAAUGCAACGAUAAACAUUGUGCAAUGUUAAUGUUAACCAAAUUGUACAAUUUAGUAUGAAGUCUAUAUUUUAUCUUUUUGAGUUGAUUAGUAUGAUUCUUUUGAGCUGUAAUUAAAGUGUGCUUUUGCGCUCCGCUUGCUUUCGAAAGAUGCAUAAUACUGCUGCCGUUCGAGAUUUAUUUUUGUUUUUUUUUAUCAUUUUUUUAAGGCUUUGAAACAUAAGUUUGAUAAUCUUAUCUAAAAUACAUACUAGCCUUAAAGUACAUUUAACAUGUGCUUAUUAAUUUCUUAUUUGUAUCUAUGUAGAAAUUAAAGGUAUUUACAAAUAUAUCGUGUGAUAUGAAAAA